CAGACGUUAAAUACUGGGAUCAUCUUGCUCUACUCAGCCUGGACGUCUGGCUUCCCAGUCAACAUGAAGGCUCUCCUUGUUCUGGGGCUUCUCCUCCUUUCUGUCACUGUCCAGGGCAAGAAGUUUGAAAGGUGUGAAUUCGCCAGAACUGCAAAAAAAUUUGGAAUGGCUGGCUUCAAGGGAAUCAGCCUGGCAAACUGGGUGUGUUUGGUCCAAUGGGAGAGUGAUUAUAACACAAAAGCUACAAACUACAAUCCUGGAGACAAGAGCACCGAUUAUGGAAUUUUUCAGAUCAAUAGCCACUACUGGUGUAAUGAUGGCAAAACCCCAGGAGCAGUUAACACCUGCGGUAUACCCUGCAGCGUUUUGCUGCAAGAUGACCUCACACCAGCUGUGAAGUGUGCAAAGAAGAUUGUCAGUUCACAAGGCAUUAGAGCAUGGGUGGCAUGGAAAACCCACUGUCAGAACAAAGAUGUCUCUCAGUAUGUUCGAGGUUGUGGAGUUUAACUGCAGAGUUUUCAUUCUGCAUCUGCUUUUGCCUCUUUUCCACAUAAGGGAGUAGUUAAGUGACAGGUCACACAACCAUUUUUCCCCCUGGAAACAAAUAACAUAUGUACAAAAAGAAAAGCAAA